GCAUCAUAAUCUUAUUGUGUUUAAAAUGUUUCACUCGUUCUCCUAUACCCGCAUCCAUGUAUAACCUGUCUUUAUCAAUUUUCAAAAAUAGCUAGUCCGACUUCACGCUCCAAGAGCGUCUAGUUACAAUCAGUCCGGAAGUCGCGCUGGACGACCMCGUGCAACACAAACAUAACCCAACCCCAGGCUCUCUUYACGCGCUUACACUCCAAAAACCAGUGCUCCAUCGACUCAACCUUUCGACACACAGCACACCUAUCACUUGUUAUAUUAUGUCCCCAUCUUUUUAAAUAGUCUAACCUUCGUCGUCACUCCGUGUAUCGCUCUCCACCUCACCUCACUCACCUCACAAAAAGCAUACUACAACUACUCUCCUUUCUAUACUCUACUCCACUCCGCCCCACUAACACUAYCCCUACAAUAAAUCUCACACCUUGGAGUCACAAACAAAGACUUUUCCAACAACACAUACAUGCUCUUCACGGUACAAUCUGACUUCACUUUCACAAUACGCAACGUCGACGCCACAUUAGAAUUAUACUCUGUCAACACAUCAGCUUUAGGCAAUAAAUUAGUACGUAUAUGUCCAAACCCUUCCACAAGAGCACAAAGUAUCGAGCAAAAGCAGACGCCUUACAAUUACUACGACAUAGCAAAGACACAACAUUAGAAACAUGCAGAGCCUUAGCCCUUGGUAACUAACAGGUCCCCCUCUUGAUGAGUUCCCUCCCAUCCCAGAGGAAACCCCACACCAACUUAUCAACAUCUCUAACACCAAUUCCCGGCACAUCUAACACUCUCUCCAAAUACUCCAACCAUUGUUAUGCAAAUUAAAGUGUAUAAAAUGCAKUGACCAGCAAGACUCGUCCUCUUCUUYUUUCGUGCUGGCGCACUGAGGUAAGCCAACGUUUCUUCGGUCUUUUGUUUUUGUUUUAUAAGGCCGUUAUUGUCUCUCAGACUAUACUGAGACGUUCUUUUUUCUGUGUUUUAUAUUUCAAACAGUGUUUUGACGAUAAAGUACCGAAUAAGACCAGUAUGUCCACUUCCACGUGCGUAAACGACCAACAUAACGAAGAAGAAUCGUUGUUGGAGCCCGAAGGGUUUCCCGACGCUCAUUCACAGCAUGCAUCCGUCGCUCCGUCUGACCAUGCAGAAUAUCUAGAUAAUCUCAAACAUCACCUUGGGAUAGAUACCAUGCGAGAAGCAAUAGAGAAUUUGACCUCUACUCUUGAUAGGAGUACGAGUAAAAGACGCUCGCGGCACGAGGCUGGUUCAGCUCGUAAAAGAAGCCGUGAAGGUGAGGGUUUCGAUCCCACCGAAGCUUUAGAGUCGCUUCAUUCAUCUUCAAGUAGCGAGCAAGGCGUCAGUGACGCGGUCGAGGAGGAUGAUUUGCCUCCUUCAAUAUUCGACGAAAAUGAGUCGAAGGGUCCAGAGGUGUCUGAGGCUUUGGCUAAGAGAGUCAACGAAGCUUUUACCGUUAAGCCUUUGGAGGGUAAGAUGAAAUUGUUGAUGGACAAGUACAAAACACCCUCAAAUUGUGAACUCAUGUGUGUUCCAAGAGUAAAUACCACGUUGUGGAAUGAACUACCAAGAAAAGCACAUCAAAUUGACCUGGGACUCCAGGAAGCUCAAAAAGCUAUUGUUAAGACAGGCCAAAUAGUCGUGCAAAUAACCGACGAUAUGCUCAAGGCUAAGAAAAACAAAGAGCAUUUAAAGCCAUCAAAGUAUAUUGGCCUGCUCUCAGACGCUAUUAAUUUUCUCGGACACGCGGGUUUCCAGACGUCUUUAAAGCGAAGAGAGCUCCUGAAACCGGAACUAAGCAAGAAUUUUCAAUCUCUGUGCUCCGCGACAGUUCCCAUAACAAGUCUAUUGUUUGGAGACGACCUUUCUAAGUUUGUGGACGAUAUAACGAAGGCUAACAAAGUCGCUACAAAGAUUACACAGUCUACUGAGUCUCGCCGAGGCCGCAACCGUGGUUCUGGGCGCCGUUCUAAGUUCUCUGGUAGCUACAAUAAUAACUAUGGCUAUAAUUCAGGUUCUCGUUUUUUACGGCACAGAACCUCGUCAACUUGGACGAGGGGACAACAACGAGAGACACAACAAAGGUACAACCGAAGCAAGAACUCAUCAAAAUCGGAAAACACCCAAGACAAAUAAACAAUCCAGAUCCCAAGAGUGUUAACCUAUUUACGAUUAUACCKUGUUCAGAAGCUCCUUCUUGUGACACCAKUGUGGCCAUCACAGGCGUGGUAUCCAGCRGUUCUACAAAUGCYMAUAGAUCGUCCAAUUCUCCUGCCCAWUUGGUCGAAUCUUCUUCAACUUCCGCAUUCCGGUCAGCUMCAUCCUCUACGCGACCAGCUUCAACUUGCCGUUUGGACUCUGUCAGGAAUAGAUUGCAAGGUCAGGGAGUUUCUGUGGGGGCAACCAAGGUUAUCUGUGAGUCUUGGACCAAGGGGACAAAGAAACAGUACGAACCGACAUGGGUCAAAUGGGAAAGCUGGUGUGAACGGUCGGUCGAUCCUUUUCAAGCACCUAUAAACAUUUGAAUCAGUUGUAUGACGAAGGCAAGKCUUAUAGCACGAUAAAUACUUAUCGUUCUGCAGUAUCAAGUACGGUGGAAGCUGUGACUGGUAUCAACGUUGGCUGUCACCAUCUAGUGUCYAGAUUUAUGAAGGGAUUCUUUGUUGGUAGGUCUCCACAGCCUAGAUACAAUACGACUUGGGAUGUGCACCAAGUAACAGAGAUUAUUUAAAGACGUUGUCUCCGCUAUCAACUCUCUCACUAAAGGAUCUGACUUUGAAGGUGGCUACCCUGGUAGCGUUAGUGUCAGCACAGAGGUGCCAAACUCUUCAUCUUCUUAGUUUGCAAUUUGAGCGCAAUGGAUCGAAGCGUCCUAAAAAUGGAUCGAAACAACUUGGAUCGAAACGUCUUUGGAUCGGAACGACCGGUAUUCCCCUAUCCCAACCAGCAUUAACAACCUCACACAACACAGGUAACAACAGGUCAUUAAAACAACGAAAAAGCCCAACAGACAAACCAUCCUCACCCGUCGCCUUCCCUAACGACAUACCAACCAAAGCCCCGUUCAACUCGUCCACAGACAACAUCUCCUCAAAAUUCUGCCUCUCCUCAUCACUUAACACCCUCUCAACCUUCUCCAACAAAUCAUCCUGCACGCCCACAUCGACCUCUUCCUUCGUAAACAAAUCCCUAUAAAACCCCUCAACGACAUACAAMAUCUCAUCCUAUUCCUACCUUUACACCUCCCCUUACUGCACAAAAAACUCCUUAAUCUCCUCCUUCAACCUCGGCCACACAUCCCACCAGUCCUCUUCAUCAUCCAACGCCCCAAGCCCCUCAACCAACUACACCCUUCAUCSCUCCAYAAACCUCUUAUCCUUCAAAACCCCUUGUUAAACUUCCCCCCACCCAGCGCAACAAAAUGACACAUUGUAGCAUCAUGAUCCGGAAAUCCCAAAGGCUCCACAUACACGGACGAAACAUACGACACAAUACCCUUGACACAUAAAUGCGAUCUAAACGCGACCCAACCCCGCACCCCGCCAACACCGAAACCCUCCCAUGAAAUUUAACCCACAGGUCUCAAAAAUUCCCUUAACUCUAAUUUCCAGCAAGCACGACACGAGAAACAGGAAAAACAUACUGAUGCAAACCACGAAAAAACUCUUUACGUACUUCACACCAUCCGGGGCAUACACACACACCAAAGAAWCGUGCGCUCUAUUCGACCCCACUAAUACGCUCACAACUCUACCCUCCGCAUCUCUCCUCAAAUUCCUAACCUUCAAACCACACCUGUCGUUCAACAAAUUCCYAACCCGCGUACUUCUCWACAACUCCCUCCGAUGUCUUGACCAUAACAGCGUUAUCUCCAAGAACUUU